AUGCCCAAUCCACGUCACUCGUCGAAGAGUCCCAUCAAAGCUCAGGCCUUCACGCUGAGCAGUGUACGACCGCCGCAGCGGCAAGGCGCUUGGCGUCCGCCCCCUGUUUAUUGUGCCAACGGCGUAACACUGUAUCGAGACUAUGUCAGAGCCCCACCUGGUCAGGUCGGGUUUUUGCUGAACACUUCGCGCCUGGAGAAUCUCGAGGGCCAGGAAUCCCUGCAUGUCAACGAUGGAGUAUACGAUGAAGCUCACUACAUAAUGCCUCUGCAUUCCGAUGCAGUACCUGCCCCGACGGCGCACUCUGUGGCCCGAGAGAAGCAGGCUAAGCGCUGGGUCAUGGAAACCAUUCCCGCCCUACUGCCUGUCUACGUGGAUCUCAUGUACCAAACGGAGCGCCUGCAUCACCUUGAUCGUGCAACUCCAUCUACGGCCUCCUGCAUUUGCGGAAAACAGAAAGAGAUUCAGGUCUUUCUCCUUCGUUGGCAUGCAACGCAGCAGCUUGUUGCCUGCGGCUUCUUUCCAAGCUCGCCCGUUGAACCGCACCUGGGCGUGGACAUGCGAGUGCUAGAUUUUGGGAAGGAUCUGUUCCUCAACCAGGCACCCAACAACCGUGCACUGACCAAAACAAUCGAGCAGUGCCUGGACAGGCUAGGCUACAAGCUGCCUAACCAUGAAUCCCUACAAUGCCAAUUUGGCAAUGCAUUAGAGUACUAUGUCAUGCUGCGCCAUAGUACAGAUCAGGCCAUCGACAACAUCCUCGCCACCGUGCGGCAGGGGAUCCAGAAUGAGGACGACAGCCAUGAAUGCCCAACCACACCAGGAAAACGCCCUGCUCGUUCCGCCCCAAACACAGCUGCUGCACCGACAUUAGAAGUUGAUGAUGAGGAUGUGAUCGAAGCACCAAGCAUUCCUCUGCCUCGAUCCGUGCUCAAUGAGUGCGAACGCUCCUUCGCUGCAGCGGAUGAGACUAGAGCGAAGACCAGUUCCCAGUUCUUUGACGCAAACAUUAAGACACCCGGUGAGCGACAAUUCUACAUGUUUGCACUACUUGAAGCUCUGUUCCAGCACCUGCCGACUGAUUUUGUCGUUGGCUUCCUUUACGACAUUGCCUGCCAGUUACAACGAUCUGCAGUCAAAUACGACUUCUUGCCUCCAGAAUACAUGGCCAGACUGGAGUGGGCUGUUUCUGUCCUGCAUUCGUACGGUCAUGGAGCUGCCUGCCAAGCAGUCUAUCAUCCAAGACGCCGUACUCUAUUCGGUUAUUUGGAUGGGGAGGGUCUAGAACGGUUCUGGCACUCCCUCAGCCAUCUUGUCUCUUUUCUUCGUGUGUGCGGUUAUCACAAGCGCCGCUACACGCUGGAUGCACAGAUCAUACACAUACACAAGGGGAAUUUGUUCAGAUUGGGCAGCUGGCUCUCCAGGCGCUACGCUGAUUGCUGUCAGCAUAGACAGCACGCUACGAAUGCUCUGGCUGAAUGCCAGCAUUCUCUAUCGGUUCUGCAUGCAGAGCAUGCCAAACAAGUGACAGCCUUGUCACAGCCGUUACCUCGACAAUCGAAGAACGCAGGGAAAAUCGCCAUACAAGAUGUACUACGCAAGACAGUAGCAAUGGAUAGGCUGAAGAACCAGAUGUCGCAGUGGAAUGAAGCCAUUUACAAGGAGGACGCAGAACCCGUAUAUGUCGACUUCGCUUUGCAGGAGUACGCAAAAGCAGACGCCAAGUUAUCGAAACUUGCGGAAUCAGUGCGGAGGCAGAAGGCAGUCAUGGGUGUCGAAGACAAGGCGAACCUAGCGAAGCUGGUGAAGAGCAAGUACAUCCAGACUCGCACCAACGCCGCCGCCGCAAAAACAAGGUUGCGCAAUCGCUUGCAGCAGAGGAAGUUUGAGCUCGACAGAGUUGAGCAUGCUAAAAUGACGACUCACAUCGAGGAUGCUGUGCUACGCCGCGACCGAAGUAUCAAGGAUGUGUGCAGGCUAUACAACAGGCUCUGCAAAGAACUGGAAGAACUCAUCCGUCUUGGUUGUGCUCCACGCAAUGCAAUUGCUCCUAGAGAAAUCAUUGAGCAGGACAUAUGGGCAUUGGAUGUCGAUGCUGAAAUCUGGCUUGACGUUGGCCUGAUGGAGGCAGACGAGGAAACAGAGCCGCCACUGUGGAUGAAAAGUGACGCAGUUUGUCAGGGUAUCCAGGCCAUGUUGGAGCAGGACCGCUGUAACAAAGAGGAGCCGCGUUUGUUUCAUGAAUGUCAAGCUUUGCGCUGGUGGAUGGCCGAGGAAUGGGAAGUGGUGACGCGCGGAAUGAAGUUGGCCGCGGAAGACGGUGAAGCUGCGAUUGUUUAUCAGUUCGAGCUUCGCAAGUCUGAAUUGACAAAAUUGGCUGCAGCAUGGGAGAAACCGCUACGUCAGGUCCCGUAUCCCCCAUCCGGGUUGCCAGCAUGGGGCCCGUCUGAGGAAGAUCUGCUCCAAGUCCGCAUCGAGGACAUGUUUGCUAGAACGUCGGUUGGCAGCUGGAAGGAGCCUGAUACGCCAUCAUAUCAAGAGGACAUCACAUCAGACAGCGACUCUGGGACAGAUACCGAAUACUUUCCCUACGACGAACUGGACACCUUCGAGCGUGCCGGUGAUUGGCGGGAGCUUCAGGGUCUCUCAGCGCACAUGGACUAUCCCGAUUGGCUUUAG